AGUUAGGGUUUUUGUAAAAGUGCAACUUGGGCGAAGUAAAUUUCUCCAAGGUAAUCGCCAUGGCAGAACCCAUGGAGAACGGCCCCAGCAAUUGCAAUGGUGAGGCCGAGCAGGUGUGGGAGAGACCCUGGACACUGGAUGAGAUGCGAAAAAACAGCACAAACUGGUCUUUACCUGCAGAUUCUGGGCUUUUUCUCUACAUGCAAGACUUCUCUCAGUGGAUGUUGUCUAAGAUGCAUGAGAUCAAGAAGCAGUUGGAUGGCCUGAUUCGGGACACAAAAGCAACUGAUAGCUGCCUCCACACCGUCUUUAAUGACUUUCUUAUGCUUUCCAAUAUACAAUUUAUAGAAAAUAGGGUUUAUGAUGAAGAAGUUGAGGAGCCUGUCCCCAAAAUAGAGGCUCAGGAGAGACACCCUGAUCAGGAAAAAACACGAGAACAGAAAGAAGCCGAGCUGAUACCUAAAGUCCAGGAGGCAGUGAAUUAUGGUUUGAAGGUCCUGGAAUCUUCCUUUGAGCAACUGGAUGUGAAAGUAGGGAACUCAGACUCUGAGGAUGAGGAGGCAGCCGACAGAGUGGAGCCCAUUCUGGAACCCAAGGAUUUAUACGUAGACAAGCCACUACCGUACUUGGUUGGAUCUCAAGCUUUUAUGGAACAAGAUGAUGUUGGCCUGGGAGAUCUCUCCAGUGAGGAAAUGUCCAUCGACAGUGACAGGGAGAGUUUUGUUGAGAAUGAAGUGGAUAAAGAUCAGGAGGAACACUCUGAUGAGGAUUUUGACCAAGAAGGAGAAAGUCAAGGAAGCUUAAAGAAAAAGACAAUCAGUUCUGAUGAAGAGGAAGAAAAUGAAGAUUUUGACUUAUUUGGAGAAUCUGACAAAGAUAAAGAUGAAGCCAGAAGGGAUGGCGUGGGUCCAACAUCUUUUGUUGAUCAACUGGUUGCAAGAAUUAAAGACAGUAAAAAAAAGCCAGAUGCAGACUGUACAUCAUUGUCAUCAGGCACAUCUGUUACCAAAAGGAAAAACCAAGGAAAGAAACCGCCAGAGGCACAGGUGGAAGAUGAUGAUGAGCUGUUCAAGCCUUCAGAAAUGGAGGAUGAUGGUGGUCUCUUUGAUGAUGAUGUCUUCUACUUCAGUCAAUCUGUUGUGCUAACCCUGUUGUCCUAA